AUGACCACCGUUGCUUCUCCUCUUCAUCCUUCAUCCUCUCAUCCUCCUCCUCCUCAACAUCAUCAUCAUCGAGAGAAAGCUUCUUCACGUACAAAAGACCCAUUACUACUGGAAGAAGAAAAGCAAGUUGUACUACUCUCUUCGUUCAUGCCACCCAGAAGUCAAUCCUUCUCUUCGGAAGAAGCAGACGACGACGACGACUCUUCAUCAACCUCCCAUUCCUGUCUCUCUCCAAUCAGCAGCUCUGCCUCUCCUCGGAAUGCAACUACUAUCACCACCACCACCACCAAUACAACAACAACAACAACAACAAUGAAUGGAAUUGAACAACAGCAAUGUCCAGAAUCACCCAUGUACACUCCGGUUGGUGGAUCUCUUCCAGGGUCAUCCUCCGUCGCUUCGAUUCCAUCCUCAUCAUCCAAAUCCAUCCUCAACGCCAAUAGCAAUAACAGUAACACUACAACAAUCAUUACUCAACCAUCAAUCACGUCGUCCUACUCCUCUCCCUUGAAUCAUCAUCACAACUCCAACCUUCAUGUUGCCUUAAUUGCAUCAUCAGCAGCAGCAGCAUCUUCCACCACCAAUCCUUCUUCUUCAAUCCCAAUUACAACAACAACAUCAACUACAUCGAGUACUAAUGGUGAUGGAACCAAGUAUUCGACAGGACAUCCAACUUUAGGAAGGGCUCGUUCCAAUAGUCGUGUGAGUGGUGGCAGUGGUAGUAAUAGUGGAUCUGGUGGUGAGUACAAUGUGCUUCCAAAUCAGAUCAUCAUGUCCAAUUCUUCAUCCACUUCUUCUUCUUCGUUGUCGUCAUUGAAACGUCAUUCUUCAAAUCCUCACUUGACAAGUAUUAACACUACUACCAAUAACAAUAACAACACUACUUCUGCAACAGUUCCUUCCACAACAACAAUUAUUUCAACAACAAAUGCUACUACACCUCAUCAUUCUUCCUCUUUUCACACACCGUUAAGGAGAAAUUCAACAAAAGGCCAUUCAUUUCAAGCAACGACGACGACGACGACAAAACCUCAAAACAAUGAGUAUCGACAAUUUUUGAGACAGACCAUCAAAUUAAAAGAGGCCAAUGAAAUUCGAGUGAGAGGAAUUUCAUUAAAAUAUGAAAUUAAUUAUCAUCCUUUUCUGGACGACGCUAUUGGAAAUAAGGCAUUCGUUGCAGAAAUGACACAAUUGAACAAAUUUCUCAAAAUGCAUCAACCCAAUGCCAAUUAUUGUUGUCUGGGUUUCACUUUCUUUUGUUGUACAUUUGGAUUAUCGUUACUUCCAUUCUUUUAUCAACUUUCUAGUUUCGAAUCAGACGUUCAUGCAUAUUUGAGAAGUCUCAAUAAGAAGUAUGAAUCAAAAGGAUUGAAAUGGGAAUUACAUCCAGCUCAUUUACCAACUGAUGACAGUUAUAUUACCGUGUCACUUGAAAAAGAACUUGAUUCCAAUGUGGUCAUUGAUGAAUCUCUGUUAAUUUCACACGACUCUCACAACAAUAGUUUCAACUCGAGUCAUGGCAAAUUGAACUCAACUGUUGCUUCAGAUUCACACCUUCUGAUGCAUUCCAAAUAA